AUGGAGGUGCAAUCGGAUCGUUAUGCCCUUGGACCCGAACCCGAAAUCCGCCCCUGCAUAGCGGAACUGCUGCGCACAGGAUAUCAACCAUCAGAACUAAUCCUGCGCGUUGAGCGUGUCAUUGAAGUAUUAAUUACUCCCGGCACGGCAACAGCAUCACCAUCCUCAACAUCUGAGCAACCGAAACGCAGAUCGUUCCGGAUUUUUCUUAGUGAUGGCGAAUUGGUGAUACAAGCGCUGUUGGGGAAAGCGCUGCAUCCCUUGGCUCUGACGGGGGAGAUAAUGGCGGGGUCUGUGGUGAGCUUGGAUCGGUUUGAGGUACGGAAAGGAGAGAGGAUUGGGGAAGACGGAGGCCAUGUGGUGUUUCUGGCUGUUUAUGGGUUUCGGUGUUUGGGUGGGACGAGGACUGGGCAUAGAAGAGCGUGGGCGUCAGCGACAGCGAGAGGGAAUGAAGUGGAGAGAAGGGCAGCUGAACGGAAAAGGAAGAGGAAGGAUGAUGGUGGCAAUGAUGAGGACGAUGUUGUUGACGAAUCUAAACGUACAGAAAAACAUUUUAGGUUAAGUCAUGUGGACGAAGGCAUGAAGAUUUCAGAAUAUGUCCAUGCGUUUAAAGCUCAGGAGUCUGAAUAUUCAUCAGAAAACCUGGACAGAGUAUUUGAUGCUGGAAAUGAAGUUGUUCAAGUCCUCAAGGAUUUUGAAACUCUAUAUCACCAAACCUGUCCUGGUGUUUGUCCCGGGCAGCCAGCGCCAAUGCAAGAGCCAGGAAAAUCCAUCCCACAAGAACUACCAGUACUCAACGAUGGCCUUCCCGAAUCGCCUGAAGCCAGGAAACCAACAACCCCCAUCCCAUCACUUCCAACAGGAGAAACCGCCCACACGAUCAUCCAAAACUCCAAAAUACCCACACCCCGCCCCUUCAAGCUCCCAGGUAUCCUCAAACCCAUCAAUCGCCCUCUCAACCUCCUUACCCUCUCCCAACUCCUCCACCCACCCAAACCCUUACCAAAACGCAACUACCUCUGCGACAUCCUCGCCGUGAUAUCCUGGAUAUCGCCCACCAUCGUGAAACGUCCCCACAUGCCGCCCAAGCGCGAUUUACGCAUCAUGGACCCAUCCUUGGAAGAUCACCAGCAAAGGACUGGAGUAUCCGUUAGCGUGUUCGCGAAUGCGGCGACUUUCAACCCGCCCGUGGGGACCGUGGGGCUUUUCCGCAGUCUGAAGACCCAUGAGUGGGAAGGUGUGAGUUUGAAUGCGUAUGAGAAGGAUUGUUUGGGGAGGGAGUGGUUUGUGAGUGAUAGGGGAAAGUUAAGGGAGAUCAUGGAAGGGGACAGGUGUGGCGGCAGAUUUGAUGUUGAGGGUUUGGAGGGGUGGUGGAGAGGGAGGUGUAAAGAUGGGGGGGAAGAGGGAGAGUAG